AUGGCUUCAUCGCGAGUUAAAGCGUCGACAACGAUCGCUUUGAGCGUGAUCGAGGACGUUUUGACGUUGGCGACGACGAUGGUGGCGUCCUCGAUCGCGUUUUCGAUGCGAUCGAUCGGUUUUGUUCUUCUCAAGUCCCCUCAUGUUGUCCCCGUUUUUAAGAGGGGAGCGAGAGAGAGAGAAUACGCGGAGAUCCGCGACGAGGAGAAGCGGUUGUUGGAAAAGGAAAAAGAAGAAGAGGAAGAGGACGACAGUGCGAGUUUGAGGAGGAUUGAGAUGGAGUUUGCGGUUCCGAGAGCGCCGACGGUUGUUGGAAAAGCGAGGGAGAUUCUCUUCCAGGAGCAGAACGAAGAAGACGCGAAGCAGCUCGAGGCAAAGUUGGUGAGCGAGUUUGCGAUGUCGGCGAGCGUGUUUUAUCCUGCGGAUGCAUCGUCUUCGUCGCUUGAAAAUACCGUAGUUCUUCUCAAUUGUACCGGUGGUACUCAAGAAACUUGGCGAGCCUCUGGUGUUGUCGAGCGAUUCUGCGAGAAAAAGAACUGUUCGGUAUUGACGUUGGACAUGAGAGGUCAAGGUUUGGAAACCGACAUCGUGGAUUACGACUCGCUGCGGGUACUCGCGAUGGACGUAUUGGCCGUUCUACGAACGAUUCAGGAAGACAAAAAGAGGUAUAAAAUUGGCGCAAAGAUGCACGUCGUCGGAUAUUCCAUCGGAGCAGGCGUGGCGAUGUGGAUAGGAGUUCUCCUCAGUCCCAAUCGAAGAGGCGGGGAAAGACUGACAAGGCCGAAAGUUGACUCGAUUUCUCUGUACGGCUUUACGUCCAAAGGCGUCAUCGCCGGUCGAAAGAACUUCAUCGAUCGAGUAUUAACGCAGGCAUUCGCUACGGAAAUGUUCGUCCGCGCUUGCGGCAUUCGCGGCUUCAUCGGUCUCAUGCGACUCGGCAUUCGACCAAACUACGACGCGCUCAACGCGCAAAAGAUGAACGUCGACGAUUUAACCCACUACACCUGCGACACGAACACCCUGGACGGGUUCGCCUACCAAGUUAAAUCGUGGACAACGUUCGAGUUAUCGCGCGAUGAAAUCAAAUCCAUCGAAAUUCCAACAUUAAUUCUCCACUGCAAAGGCGACGAGCGCGCCGGCCACAAACGGGAACACAAACGCUUCGACGCGGAGACGAUGCCGAGAGGCGAGUUUCUCCAAAUCCAAGGCGACUACAGUCACUUGUGGCCGUACGAAAAUCCAGAACAGUUCGUACGCGUCGUUGAGGAGUUUCAAAACCGAGCGUCUGCGAGGAGGUUGUAA